UUUUUGUUGUUUUAUUCUAAUAGGGAGAUUCAGCAGAUUCUUUCUUUAUUGUUGAAUCUGGAGAAGUGAAAAUUACAAUGAAAAGAAAGGGUAAAUCAGAAGUAGAAGAGAAUGAUGCAGUAGAAAUCGCUCGAUGUUCUCGGGGACAGUACUUUGGAGAGCUUGCCCUGGUCACUAACAAACCUCGAGCUGCUUCUGCACACGCCAUUGGGACUGUCAAAUGUUUAGCCAUGGAUGUGCAAGCAUUUGAAAGGCUUUUGGGACCUUGCAUGGAAAUCAUGAAAAGGAACAUCGCUACCUACGAAGAACAAUUAGUUGCCCUGUUUGGAACAAACAUGGAUAUUGUUGAACCCACUGCAUGAAGCAAAAGUAUGGAGCAAGAAGACCUAUAGUGACAAAAUUACACAGUAGUGGUUAGUCCACUGAGAAUGUGUUUGUGUAGAUGCCAAGCAUUUUCUGUGAUUUCGGGUUUUUUCCUUUUUUUACAUUUACAACGUAUCAGUAAAUGGUAGAGAUUUAAUAGUCAAUAGGCUUUAACAUCACUUUCUAAAGAGUAGUUCAUAAAAGAAGCAACAUACUGAUAAAAUGACUUUCUACUCCACAAAAUUAUUUGACUGAAAAGUUUAUUUAAAUGAUUGUAAUAUACUGAAAGUAUUCAUGUUUAAGAAGAUAACUAGGGGAUGUUAUCAUAGGCUAUAUGUGUUUGACUUACUCAGAUCGAUAAUAUAUUAGUGACUAUGCCCAUACAAGAAGAAACUUGGCAGUGAAUCAUGCUCCAUGGCAUGGCAUCAUAUUCUUUUUAUAACUCAUUAUACUUAGUGGAAUUUUAAUCAUUUUCAUUUUAAAGUUUUUCUGGCUUGAUAAGUUUUGUGCUGGCCUUGGCCUAUUGGUGAAAUGAUUUAAAACAUCAUAUGCAAUUUCAAAACUUUUUAUAUUUUUGCAAUAAAGUACAUUUUGACUUUUUUGGCAUAAUGUCAGUAACCUAUGUAUUCUAGUGGUUUU